AUGGAGAACAAACAGCAAAGCAACGGCAUGAAGAAAGAAAAUAGUGCAGUAAAGAAAAAAAUGAAUUGGUCUGGAAGUCUUAUUCUAGCCUCCUUAACUGGUGCUUUUGGGUCGUCUUUUCUUUAUGGUUACAAUCUGUCGGUGGUGAAUGCUCCUGCAGUGUUUAUCAAGAAGUUUUACAAUGAAACUUGGGAGAGGAGAUAUGGCUUCUCAGUGGAUGAAGGCACGCUGACGCUCCUCUGGUCCGUAACCGUUUCUAUUUUUGCCAUCGGUGGCCUUGUGGGUGCCAUUAUUGUCACCCCAAUUGUGAAGUUCUUUGGAAGGAAAUGCACAUUGGUGCUCAAUAACGUGUUUGCAGUGGCAGCUGCGUUGUUGAUGUCCCUGUCCCUGCUGGCAGGGUCCUUUGAAAUGCUCAUCCUGGGCCGUGUUAUCAUGGGUGUUGAUGCAGGCAUUUCCUUAAGUGCCCUCCCCAUGUAUUUGAGUGAAAUAUCUCCUAAGGAAAUCCGUGGUUCAUUGGGUCAGGUCACAGCGAUUUUCAUUUGUAUUGGUGUUUUCACUGGUCAAGUUUUGGGGCUGCCAGAAAUAUUUGGGCAAGAAUCUCGGUGGCCUUUCCUGUUUGGAGCAAUCAUUGUCCCCUCACUGAUACAAGCCGUGAUUCUGCCUUUUCUUCCCGAAAGUCCUCGGUACCUCCUACUCGAAAAGCAAAACAGGAGCAAGGCAGAAAAAGCAUUUCAGAGGUUCCUCGGGAAAGAUGACGUGUCUCAGGAGAUAGAAGAGGUUUUGGCAGAGUCUCGGGUCCAGAGGAACACCAAGCUGGUGUCGGUGGUGGAGCUGCUGCGAACGCGCGCGGUGCGGUGGCAGAUCCUGACCGUGAUCGUCACCAUGGGCUGCUACCAGCUCUGCGGGCUGAAUGCUAUCUGGUACUACACAAACAACAUCUUUAGUGAAUCUGGGAUCGAUCGUGAAACAAUCCCUUACGUUACACUAAGUACUGGUGCUGUUGAGACCCUGGCUGCUGUUUUUUCUGGCUUAGUGAUUGAACGGCUUGGACGCAGGCCUCUCCUCAUCGGGGGUUUUGGGUUGAUGAUCGUCUUCUUCGCAGUGCUCACUGUCUCCCUGACUCUGCAGAGCACUGUACAUUGGCUUCCUUACCUCAGCAUAUUUUGUAUCCUUGCAAUCAUUGCAUCAUUCUGCAUUGGACCAGGUGGGAUUCCCUUUGUCCUCACUGGAGAGUUUUUCCAGCAGUCACAGAGGCCAGCAGCAUUCAUGAUAGCUGGGACAGUCAACUGGCUCUCCAACUUCGCAGUGGGACUGCUCUUCCCUUUCAUCCAGGCUGGUUUACAGACCUACUGCUUCCUAGUGUUUGCUGGCAUCUGCUUUGCAGGAGCGACCUACCUGUUUUUUGUCCUGCCUGAAACAAAAAAUAAGACAUUUCAUGAGAUCAGCCAAGCAUUUGCCAAAAGGAAUAAAGUAACUUUAGAAAUGCAAGAGAUGAACCACUUCCCAGGAGAGGAGAAAUCAAGGGAAGAACAAGAAUCAAACUUCACAUCUUCAGUGGACAAUGGGGAAACCAAAAAAGGGAUUGUGUAAACCCAGGAUGC